AUGCUCUAUGAGGUAGAGCAAGAAUGCAUCCAUGAAGCCUCUUUAAAUGGAGUUCAACCUUCUGAAGUUUCAAUGUUAAUUCUUCAAGACAGAACAUCAGAUUGCCGAAGAUAUAACGCACAAAAAGUUAAUGAGGUUGCUGUUAUUUUCCAAAAUACUGAUGAAAGAAUAAGUGUCUUAGAUCCUAAUCUUGAACCAUUGCUGUAUCCUUUGUUAUUCCCAUAUGGUGACCAAAGUUGGGGUUCAAAUAUCGCUCUUAACUACAGGCCAACAUCAAUUAAUAAUGUAGAAAGAAGAACAACCACCAAUCCGAGGAUAAGAGUUAGUCAAAUGAAAUACUAUUCGUACAGGAUUUCAAUAAGGGAUCAAUUUAAUCCCUUCCUUAGUGCCGGCAAGUUAACACAGCAGUACUUUGUUGAUGCUUAUGUCAAAACUGAGGCUAAUAGACUCAACUAUAUCCGUCAAAAUCAAUCUAAACUUCGCAUUGAAAAAUAUACAGGAUUAAUGGAUUAUAUUCAAAGUGAAGCUGCUGCACAGGGCUUAAUGCCUGGAAAAGCUGUUGUUUUGCCUUCAUCCUUUCAGGGAAGUCCCCGAAAUAUGGCCCAAAACUAUCAUGAUGCUAUGGCCAUUGUCAGAAAAUAUGGAAAACCUGAUUACUUCAUCACCAUGACCUGCAACCCUAAAUGGCCUGAGAUAGUCGAAAAUGUGUUAGAAGGUCAAGCAGUGGAGUUCAGACCAGAUUUGGUUGCAAGAGUUUUUAACCUCAAAUUAAAUUCUCUUUUGCAUGAUAUCUUGAACAAACAUGUUCUUGGAAGUCCUUGCGCAAAAGUGCAUGUUAUAGAGUUCCAAAAAAGAGGUCUACCACAUGCUCAUAUCCUCUUAAUAUUGAAAGCUGAAGACAAGCCAAAUGAUGCUGAAACCAUUGACAAAUAUAUAUCAGCCGAAAUUCCAGAUGAACACCUUUAUCCCCGGCUACAUGCUAUUGUAAUAAAGCAUAUGAUAAACGGUCCCUGUGGGGAACAUAAUUUAAAUUCUCUGUGCAUGGUGGGUGGCAACUGCAGCAAAAAUUUUCCUAAAUAAUUUCAAGAACAAACUUUACUUAAUGUUGAUGGAUAUCCUCGAUACCGGAGGCGAAAAAAUGAGACCACAGAAAUUGUCAAUGGGAGAAAAAUUGACAAUUCUUGGGUAAUUCCAUAUAGCCCAUACUUCUGCUUGAAAUACAAUUGCCAUAUAAAUGUUGAGAGUUGUGUUUCUAUCAAAAGUGUUAAAUAUCUCUUCAAAUAUGUAUACAAAGGUUAUGAUUGUGCAAAUAUUUCCAUUAAGGAACAUGCCACACUACAGCAUGAUGAAAUACAACAUUUUUUAGAUUCAAGAUAUGUCAGUGCUCCUGAAGCUGUUUGGAGAUUGUAUGGUUUUCUGAUGCACCAUCAAACACAUACAAUAAUAAGACUUCAAGUUCAUCUUCCAGGUGAACAAGAUGUAUAUUUUUAUAAUGAUAACAUACAAUUAGCUGCAGAGAAGGCCCAAGACAGGGAUACCACUUUGACAGCAUACUUCAAGUUGAAUGAUGAGACUCAUGCUGCACGGGCAAUUUUGUGUACAAAAAAUGCUCAUGUUGAUCAAAUCAAUGAGCAUGUAUUAAAUAUACUCGAUGGUGAUGAAAAAACAUACCUAAGUUCAGAUUCAAUUGACGAUCAGACAGAUGAAGAUACUCAAAACUAUCCCAUAGAAUUUCUGAAUGAAUUAACUCCAUCAGGAAUGCCUCUUCAUAAGCUAAAAAUUAAAUUGGGAAGUAUUAUUAUGUUGCUUAGAAAUCUUAACACAAAAAGAGGUCUGUGCAAUGGAACAAGAUUAAUAGUUAAAGAUCUUAAGCCCAAUCUAAUAAUUGCAGAGGUGCUCACAGGAACAGCUCAAAACCAGAUGGUUUUUAUCCCACGAAUAGAUUUAGCCCCUGACAAUACUGAACUACCAUUCAUUUUACGAAGGAGACAGUUUCCAAUCAAACUUGGUUUUGCAAUGACCAUUAACAAAUCACAAGGUCAAACAUUAGACAAAGUUGAGCCAGUGUUCAGUCAUGGACAACUUUAUGUUGCAUUGUCUCGAGUUCGAACAUCAUCUGAUGCAUCUCGAGGUCUGACCGACAUACUGGAGGCCACAGCUACAUUGUAUUAUGUAGAUCACACCUUUAGUACUGCAUCUUAUCAAGUUCUUGAUCUCGUAUUUGUUAUUGGAAUUGUGAGAGAGGAAGUUCUUAGUCUUCAGUCCCCUUUUGCAUGUCCAAAGGAAUUUUGUACGCCAUAG